CUAAUCUAAAGAAGUGUUUGUGAACGGUUUUAAAGGAAAUUAAGUUUAGAUAGCAAUAUGAGCAGCAUUGGAAGACCGAUGUUUUCCCCGUAUAGGUUGGAACGGCCUGGUCACGUAUGGCACGUACUGACUGAGGCAAUAGGAAGUGCAAGAAGAAGGCAAUCGAGAUUAGAGCUAUUGGUCAUUGGAUGAAUCAUGUCAGAAUGGUAACGUGGAGCUCCCGUAGUCGUCCUUUCUAUGGAAGUGACAGCAAACUUAAACGGCUGCUAUUUCCUUACUCUUAGUUAGAUUGGCGAUGCGCAGCGGGACAGGCUUCUUCAUUUGAAGGAUACUUAAGACUUGACAAGGAGAUGUGGCGCUACGGCUACGGCAUGGGAAGUGGAACAAGAAAAGCGAAACUGUCACUGCCUCUGUGUGGAAUAGUUUUCUUGGCUGUCAUUCACGGGGCACGUUCAAGUUCCGCAGCGCAGAGAUGUUUCUGCACAGUGACAGGCAGCCUUGAUGACUGUGCCUGUGAUGUCGAAACGAUAGACUCGUUCAACAACAAACAGUUAUUUCCAAAACUUCAGAAGCUACUGGCCACAGACUAUUUCAGGUUUUACAAGGUGAACCUUAACAAACCAUGCCCUUUUUGGACAGAUAACAACUACUGUGGUAGUAGAUACUGUGCAGUAAAACCAUGUACACCGAAUGAAUUGCCCGAUGGAAUCAAGUCUGGUUGGCAGAAGCAACCACCCUUUGCUAGUGAGGAUGCUGCUGAGGAGUGUGAGAGAGCAGAGAAGCUGGGUGCUGUCAACAGCUCUCUCAGUCAAGAGAUGCAGAAGGCUCUGGAGGACUGGAGCAGAUAUGACGAUGAGGAGGAGCGGUUCUGCAUGGUAGACGAUGAGGAAUGUCCAGAUUCGGAGUAUGUGGAUCUGCUGCUGAACCCUGAGCGCUUCACAGGCUACAAGGGUCCCGAAGCCUGGCAGAUAUGGAACAGCAUCUAUGAGGAGAACUGCUUCAAGCCCUACACUGUGAACCGACCUCUGAAUCCUCUAGCAAAAUAUGCCGGGGACAAUGAAGGAAGAGGCUUUUACAACUGGCUGGACGACCUGUGUGUAGAGAAGAGAGCCUUCUAUCGCCUUGUGUCCGGUCUUCACUCCAGCAUCAACAUCCACCUCAGCGCCCGAUACCUACUGGAAGAUAGCUGGUUUGGUGAGAAGUGGGGGCACAACGCCUCCGAGUUUCAGCAGCGUUUUGACGAGAGGUUGACCAAAGGGGAGGGGCCCAAGCGGCUGCGUAACCUCUACUUCCUGUACUUGAUCGAGCUGCGCGCGCUGGCUAAAGUGCUCCCCUUCUUCCAGCAGUCGUCAGUGGAGCUGUACACCGGCCAGACCGCGCAGGACCAGCAGAACAAGCAGCUGCUGCUGGAGCUCCUCACAGUGGCCAAGUCGUUCCCUCUGCAUUUUGACGAGACCUUGCUGUUCGCGGGGAACAAGAAGGAGGCUGCCAAGCUGAAGGAGGAUUUCAGGAUGACGUUUAAAAACAUCUCCAGAAUUAUGGACUGCGUGGGCUGCUUCAAGUGCCGACUCUGGGGGAAACUACAGACGCAGGGCCUCGGUACUGCACUGAAGAUCCUCUUCUCGGAGCGCCAGAUCGAGAGCUUGCCCAAAGCCCAGGGCUCCCAGGGCUCCCAGCCUCUGUUUCAGCUGAGCAGACAGGAGAUAGUGGCCCUCUUCAAUGCCUUUGGCAGAAUCUCUACCAGUGUGCGAGAGUUGGAGAACUUCCGCUCGCUGCUGUCUGGAGUCCGUGAUGAGAUGUGAUAUCUCUAAAUGUCAGUCUGUUCAUUCAGGCAGGGUUGCCAGAUGUGACUGAUGAUUUCCAGCCCAAAAAAAAUCUCAAAACCCGCCUGGAAGCACUAAAUCCUGCCCAGUUUGAGCUCAAUCCUAUUGAUUUUUAUGGGCAUAUGUCUGCAGGAAAACCCGCCAAAAUGUUUUUUACCCUUUUUUUACCCGCAUACGGCCAUCCCAAGCAGCCCAGUGGCAUCACUGCAUUCAGGUCAAAUAUAAUGCAGUAUACACUACUAUAUUACCAAAAGUACAUCAGCAAACCCAUAUAUCAGCGAAAGUAAUUCAAAAGGGCCCCAUGUGUAUAUUUUUCCUAGGGCCCCCAUAAGGGUAGAACCACUGCUGCUUAACAUGGCACAUAGGAAUAAGUAGUGUGUUUAUAAGUGUAUUUUUUUUUUAUUUUAAUUUUUUCUAUUUCUCCUUUAUGUCACUGGGGUAGCCACGUUCAGGCUGUUGCGUCUUUUCCAAGUGAGGUAUUACAAAGUAUAGUCUACCCUAAACUUGGAUUUGACGAGAUGUGCCGCCUGCCACUGCCUUUCGCCGUUGUAGGACAGAGCUGAUCUUGUGAUGGGGACUUAGUAGACAGGAACAAUAUCAUUUGCAUUCUGAUGAAGGCCUAUCUGACCUAACAUGCUGACCCAGGAUUGAUUUGUACAUCCAUCCUGUUCCGAGGUAGGAAAAGCACAUCAGGGCCAGAUGCAUACUGUACGCACAUCUUAAGUGUUCUACUGUAUUUGUUCAUGCACAGAGCACAGGUGGUUAUACUGACUGCCUGAUGUGCGUGGCCAAAUAUGUUCACUGUUAAUUAACUAAUAUGAGGUGUUAGAAACAAUUGGGCUUCAAUCAGUCGAUCAAUCAAAAUGUAUUUCUGUAACACAAUGUCACAACUAUACAGUUGACUCAAAGUGUUUUCAAAUACACUUUCUCACACCAGCUCAGGAGGCUGCCAAGAAGGUGCCAAUUGUCCGGGGUUCAUGUGAGAAAGUGCACACACAUAGACACAGACACUCACACUCAUAAUCACACUCAUACUCACACUCAAAGGUGGAAAGACUACUGAAGAAAUGUAAUAAAGUAAAAGUAUCUUAGUUGGUUUAAAUCCUACUUAAGUAAAGUAGAAGUACCUACCUAAAAAUCUACUCAAAUAAUACUUUUUUUUUAAAAAGUAUUUGAGUAAAAGUUACUUAGUUACUAUCAAUAAGCAGUUCUCUCAAGAAAUCAACUUUUCUUCUUGAAUAUUGUCCUCCAUUUGAUGUAUUUCAUUUAUUGUAUAUUUAUAUUUUAAAUGGGUGGGCCAAAUGCUGUUUGUGAUACGCAUGUGGAGUUCUACUCAGAAUGAGAUUGAGCUCUAUUGAGGAUAUAUGUCAUUUUGCAACCUCUGUGAGAUUCUGUGAGAUAAUGUCAUGAACGGGUAACAUUAUUUUUUCCCAAAAUGUCAUUUCGAUGUGAUUCGAGGUCGGUCAGUUGUGUUCAUGACUGAAAUAACAAUUUUACAGUAGGAGCCACUGGGAUUUGUACUGUUUUCCUGACUGCACUGCACCAUGCUCCUUGCAAGGUCAAGCUCGAAGCACCUUGGUCCUCCAUGUGCCGUACUAUGAACACAAACCAAGAUUUUCCCCUGCACUUUAGGCCUAUAUUGAAGCAUAUGUAAUACUAUAUUGGUCCCUCAAAAAAAUUACUAGUAUUGCAAAUGUAAUUUCUAACGUUUCUUUACAAGUAAGACGGCCUCAAGGACUGUAAAUGGCCCUCGAGACAUCCCUGCUCUAGCAUGUGGAUAGAAUGGGUGGUCAAGUCAAGUGGCUCCUACUAUGUUUUGGUUGAGUUUUCAAGCAACAUGCACUGCUCAUUUUAACUGCCGUUGCUAAAUUGACUGCGUACAGUAUGCUACACUGACGACAUACAUGGGAGCAGAAUAGACCAUUUAAUGCAUACCUAUCUCAGGGUUAUAGAAUGCACUAGUUAUUAUAGUAAGUAAUUGGUUUUGUACAUAGCCGCUAUACAUAAAAUAAAGUCUUGUAAUGGGGGAGGAAAUUACCUGUAAAAUGAAUGCAAUUGCACUUACGUUUGCCAAGCUGCUCACUGUUUGAUUGUAUUUUAUUUUUUGCUUAUGUCGUUUUUUUUUACUUGAAGUGUCUUGAAGGCUGUACUGUGUCUGCUGUGUUCACACAGUAUCCCUUACUCAUUUACAAAUGGUAUUUUUAGAUCAUUAUUUACUAAGUGUUCAUAAAGCUUUAAUAAGACUGCUAUUCAGUGUUACCCAAAUUCACCCUAUUCUGCAAUAACAUACACAAUUUGGAGUAUUUAGUAAUUUUGUGUAAUAAAGCUUGUGAACGAA